GAAAGAGAGAAAGAGAGAGAGAGAGAGAGAGAGAGAGAGAGAACGAGUAUCUCUAAGUAGAGAGUAAGAAUUGCAAGUAAAGUUUAAAGUUUAUCAUUUCUUUCUUUUUCAUUAAUUUCACAUUUGCCUAUCAAGCGUUUUAAUGUUUACCUAGGAUUGAAAAACGUUUAUUAAAGUGUUAAAGUUACUUAUCAGUGCUCGCUUUCAACUGGCGAUAAGAUGUAUAUUUAUUAAAUUGCACUAACUAAGGCCAAGGCCGUUUGUAAGCAUACCUAUACAUCCUAUAAGGGGAAUAAAAUUGAAAAACAUUAAAAGUAAACAAGAAUUUCCAUUGCCUGCAUAAUUACCUGAAUUGUAAUCUUGUUGAAUGCAAAGUCGUGACCGUGAAUCUGUACAUACGUACAACUAGUUCAGUUACUUGUCACAAAUUUGAACGCAUCUCAAAUACAACCCUGAAGUGAGAUGAUACCGUACGCAUUGUUAAUAAUAUUAAUGAAUUUUACAUUGGCCAGUGUCGUCGCGUCUGGUACCAGUAAUAAUAGCCUUAGCACAAAUAGCAGCAGUUAUGCUAGAAACCAGAACAUUAACCGCUUCGCAACUAGUCUUAAUAACAACAUAACCUCAAUAUUUAAGACCCCCCAGAAUUUGGCAUCGGCCUUACGCGACAAAAGAGACUCAGCAUUUGAAUUGGAUCCGACUGAAAUCGCACGUCAAAAUCAAAUAACUCAGCAGAUCCUAACCCAUUAUAUAGAACGUCGUUUAUUUCCGUUUAGCAAUGUUAAACAGAAAGUACCGUCCAUUGCGGAAAUAUUGCCAAAGGCAAUCACUUCUACUACAUCGCCAAGGGCAAUCAGUAUUGCAACAUCGCCGACAUAUAAGCGAGGCUUGGCCAGUAGCAAUAAUACGCGACGUAAAACUUAUGGUCAAAAAUUGAAAAAUUCCACCAGACGUAAAUAUAAUAUGAAUAAGAUCGAAACACAAGAUAAAGAAGAAGAACAAGAUAUUGAAAAACAAUCAAGUCAGCAACGUUUGACGGAAAAUUUAAACGAAGAUGAAGAUGUUACCGAGCAACCUGCCACCAUAACAUAUAGCAAUAAAUACAAGAAUCAAGAUAAUCAUACGUUUUAUUACAACAACGAAUGGUCGGGAGGGAGAGGCUUUCUUCUACCAUAUGAUAUCGAAGAUGAUGUUGAGCAUGAUGUACAGGAAGCAUUGCAGAGCGUUGAAUCUGAGCAAUACGAUCAAUACUAUAAUAACGAUAUCUUUCAACGCGAUCCCAAAGAGAAUGAAAUCGAUGGCGGCGCAGAUUGUCCGAACUGUGUGGACGAAGUGCAUUAUAUGAAUAAAUGGACAAUGCCUUUAUUAAAGCUGGGCGAGAAGCGUUACUAUCUUGGUAUCUUCUUCAAGGCCAAUUGGUUCAAAGCAACACAAUAUUGCAGAUAUCAUGGCAUGCAUUUGGCCAGCAUAUCAUCACAAGAAGAAAAUGAUAGACUUGAAAAAUAUAUAAGAGAUUAUGGUUUAGGUCAUGAGCACUUCUGGAUAUCUGGCACUGAUUUAGCGGAUGAGGGUAACUUCUUUUGGAUGUCCACGGGACGUCCGAUAACGUUUACUAAUUGGAAUGCUGGUGAACCUAAUAAUUUCCGUUACGAAAAUGGCGAAGAAGAGAAUUGCCUCGAACUAUGGAAUCGUGAUGGUAAAGGUUUGAAAUGGAACGAUUCACCCUGCAGUUUUGAAACGUACUUUGUAUGUGAAGUUCAACCCAACUAAGAUAAAAUUAAGCAAAAUAGAAAAAAAAAAGACCGUACACCGUCCCACAACCUUAUCUAUUAUCAAUUAUAGAAUAAGAAAUAUUUAGUUGAUUAGUAAACAAAAAUAAUAAUAAUAAUAAUAAAAUAUAUUUUUGUAAAAACUUCUGAUAAUUAGAUAUGUAAGUCAAUAAGGUAGCGUAUAAGAGAGCUUGGAUUCGAAAUUCGAAUCGUUUUUUGUAAAAUUACGUAACAACUUUUUAAUUUAAUUAGUAUUUUUUUUUUUUUUUUGUUUUAUAAUUAUUCUCUUAAUUUAAUUACCUGAGCGUGUUAAGAUGAAUUUAUAAGAAAAAUUUUAAUCGGUUAUUUUUAAAUU